AUGCCCACAUUUCACAUCAUUCUGAUAUUUGUGUACACAUUGGGAUUUCUCUUUCUAUCAUACAACAGCGUUCGUCCUAACACGCCCGGGAUGAACCUAGUCUUUUCACCGCUCAAUGAAGCCCUUAUCCCCGAGAAGAAGAUGGUCCACGCUACGUUGAAAUCGAAGAAUCCAUUCAAAGGCCCCCCCAGCCCAGAAUUAGACGACGCAUGGCACCAACUAUUUGUGAACUCCAACGUGCGCGUCUCUGCGGACGACCUUCAGAAGAUCAAUCGUACCUCGGUCCCGCUUGGAGAUGGGUCAGGAUACUACGCAAUUCCUGAUGUCUACCACCAGCUACACUGCCUGAAAUUCCUUCGACAGAUGCUCUAUCACGACUACUACCGUAUCAACAAGCCCACAAAUCCCAUACACAUUGACCAUUGCAUUGAUAAUCUUCGUCAAAACCUCAUGUGCAAAGCCGAUGUCUCCCUCCUGACUUUCGACUGGGUUUCAAACGAUCGAGCACCAAAGCCGAACUUCGACAUCCAACACGAAUGUAAGAACUGGGAGAGCAUUGAUGCGUGGGCCGAAGACCACGCCUUUAACAUUUUCGACGAAACGAUCCUUGUCCAUCCAACCUUAGGUCCUUCGUUCCCAGAGGCCGAGUUCAAGAACACUGGGAAGAUCCCGGGACAUCCUGGCUUCCUUCAUGAGCAUGGCGGGAUGGUGGAAUGA